AAGUAGAAAACAAUGAAAUAUUACGACAAACUACAACAACAAUAAUGCCAGAAAUUGAAUCAAUGAAUUUAAUCAAUCGUACUAAUGAUAUUUCUGAUGAUUCUGGAAUUUCAAUCACAACAACAACAACAACAACAACAAUGGAACCUCCAACAACAGAAUUUAUAAUCGAAAAUAAACGUGAAAAAAUAAAUAAUUCAACAGCAACAAUCAAUAUUGUACCAGCUAAUGUUUUAAUCAAUAGUACAAUCAAUAAUCGAUUGAUGAUGAAUCAAACAAAUAAUUUUAAAAUAUUCUGCACAUAUGAUGCAUAUCGAUCGAUUCCAUUUGCUGAUUAUGAUAAUGAUGGUGAUAAUAAUAGUGACAAGAAUAAGAAUAAUGAUAAAGGUCGAUAUUUUGAUAUUGAUCAAUUGGAAAAGAAUUCAAUGUUUUUAAAAUAUUGUACACAUUUAAUCUAUGCAUUUGCCAAUAUUGAUUUAAAUGGUGAACUAUAUACUGGAUUGAAUGCAAUACAACAGGAUAGUGAACGUAAUCGUGAAUACAAUCAAGAAUGUUUAUUACGAUUGCAGAAACUUAAAAGAAAUAAUCCACAUUUAAAGCUAUUAGUGGCUGUUGGUGGCUGGGAUACACCGCCGCAAUUGUUUUCGUUGAUGGUUGCCACCGGCAAACUUCGUGAUCAUCUUAGUACGAAUAUUUAUAAAUUUGUACAUGAAAAUGGUUUCGAUGGUGCCAUCAUUGCAUGGUUCUAUCCAGUUUAUGGUAGUAAAUCAUCAAUGGAUUCACGUUCAACACGUGCAACAUACAGUAGCCAUAGCAUGUUUCAAUUUGAUGAUAAACAAAAUCUAAUUAAAUUUGUACGAUCAAUGAGAAAAAAAUUCGAUUCGAUUCGUAGACGAAAUCAACCACAUCGUUUGGAGCUAGGAUUAAUGGUGCCGCCAUUUCAAGAAUUUAUUGAUCGUGGUUAUGAUGCCAAAAAAUUAGCUGAGUCAGUGGAUCAUUUGAUAUUGAUGACAUAUGAUUAUUAUGGAUCCUGGGAGAAUCAUGUACAUCAUUUUUCACCACUAUAUGCACAGAAUAAUAAUACAUUUGAUGAAAGAAAUAGUAAAUUUAAUAUUAAUUAUACCGUCAACUAUUGGAUCAAUGGAAAACAAGCGCCAAGAAAUCAAACGAUGAUUGGUGUUGCAUUUUAUGGACGUAGUUUUACAUUGGCCAAUCAAUUGAAUGCUAAAAUUGGUUCAUUAUCGAUCGGACCUGGUUUAGCUGGACCGAUAACCAAUCGUCCGGGAUUACUUUCAUUCAAUGAGCUUUGUGAAUUAUAUUUAGGAAAUCAAAACGUUCGAUUAAGUGAAGAUGAAUAUCGUAUAACAGCAAAUCUACAAUUACAUGAUCAAUGGGUCGGUUUUGAUGAUGAAUUAAGUCUUUAUUUGAAAACAAAAUAUGCACUUGGCAAUCAUUUAUCCGGUAUAUUUAUUUGGUCAAUCAAUUAUGAUGAUUAUAGAAAUCGUUGUGGUUGGGGACAAUUUCCAUUAUUGAAAGCGGUGAACAAAGCUGUUGAACAUUGUACAUUAUGGAAACAAUGUUCACCAUAUAUAAUAAGAAAUAGUAAUUCACAAAUAGCUCAAAACUCAUCAUCAUCAUCAUCAUCAUCAUCAUUAGCCUUAACGACGACGAGAAGAAGAAAAAGAUGAGCCAUUUCUACACCAGAAAAAAAGGCAUUUUUCCGCACACACACACACGAAUCUAUUUAAUGGGAUCGAACAUUUGUGUCUAUUGGCAUGGCUUAUUGUUUGGUUCGAAAAGAAAAAACCAAAAAAAAUUUUCAUUUUCGAAAAAAAAAAAAUUUUUUCUCCUUAUACACUCGU